AUGUCGUCCUCCAACGUACCUACAGAGACCGAUAUACUGGUCGUGGGGGGUGGUCCAGUUGGUAUGUUUACCGCUUUUCGGCUGGCACAGCUGGGUCAGUCCUGCGUGGUGAUAGAGAAGAGCACGCACACAACCAUCCAUCCGAAAAUGGAGUACUCCUCUCAUCGCUCGAUGGAGAUAUACCGCCAUAUUGGACUUAUUGAUCAUCUCAAGCCCCGCGCCGUUCCAGAAACCUACAAGUUUGCUGAGAUUUUCACAACUGGCCUUGGGGAAAAGAACUUCCCAGAACCUAUUGCAAGAAUUGAUCGACCGCCGCCAGCCGAGUUGCGCAAAAGUUGGGCGCAAUCGAAUGAUGGUUCUCAUCCAUUGGAGCCACACAUGCGACAGUCGCAGGUUGUCUAUGAAGAAAUACUCAAGUCUCUUGUCGAAAAAGAGCCGCUGGUCCAUGCAUACUGGGGAUAUUCCUUCCAAUCACUCACCGAGAGCGACGAUAGCGUUUUGUCGACUAUUCUUGAUCCAUCAGGAAAAUCAAUUGCUAUCCGGAGCAAAUUUGUGAUCGGCAGCGACGGAGCGGGUAGUCAAGUUCGACUGAAUGUUGGUAUAAAGUCACCAAGGCGCUCACUGCCCCUUGGCCUUGCGUAUGUACACUUCAAAUCAAAAGAUCUGGAUAAAAUGCAAAGUCAAGGUGACUUCUGGCACAUGGUGAUCCUGAAUGGAGCCGUCGUUGUCAACCAAGAUGAAAUCGAGACCUAUACCGUGCAUCGCAUGAUCCCUCCUGGAGUUGAUUUCAAGAUUGAGAAUGCCGUGGACUUUGUCAACGAAUCACUUGGUGGCAUCGGAGGACCUUUUGACAUCAAAGUCGACAAAGUCAUUGUGCAAGGAAAAUGGCAAGCAGACUUGUCAACUGCGGAUUCAUUUCGGUCUGAGAAGGGCCGGGUCUUCUUGGCUGGUGACGCUGCUCACCAACUUACACCCGCGGGCGGUCAUGGUCUAAAUUCAGGGAUCCAGGAUGCAUAUGACCUCACGUGGAAGCUGGACGCAGUUUUGCGUGGGUGGGGAGGAGAAGGCCUGUUAAAGUCCUACAACCUAGAACGACGGGCGAUUGCCGAAUUAAACACUGCCAUGGUCGAGAAAUCAACUAUGGAAGUUGUCCUUCCAUGGCUGGGGAAAGCAACUGAAGUCGGAUUCGAGAACCUCAACGCGGCCACCGAGCACGGCCAGAGCUGUCGAGAGCAGGUACGAGAUGCUCUUAUGCCUGGACGCUGGAUACACGAACAAACAGGAACUGUCAUGGGCUACCGGUAUAACAAUUCUCCGAUUGUCAUCACCGACACAUCAGUUCCUGAGCCCCCGACUUCAGUUACAGAGUACAUCCCUAGUACUUGGCCUGGGGCGCGAGCACCUCACGUCUUCCUGUCUGAUGGCAAGACAAGUAUUUUCGAUCUCUACGGACCUGGUUUCACCAUUGUUGACUUUACCGAGCCCGGUAAAGCUUCAGAAGGAUUCGUUGCCGUCGCAGGCCAUCUGAAUAUCCCUAUCACAAAGGUUCAUCUUCCAAACGAAGCACACUGCAAAGCUAUCUGGGAGCGUGAUAUUGUUUUGGUUAGACCUGAUGGGUUUGUGGCUUGGAGAAGCUCGCCUCAAGGAGUACAAGAGUUGGAUGCGGGUGAGAUCCAAAAAGUCUUGCUCAAAGCAGUAGGAAGAUCUGCAUGA